ACAGCAUAGGGAAGAAGAGUCAGGCGCCUGGUUAGGGCAGUUCCUCUUCCUCGGCAGCUGCUAAUAUGACAUCUACAGGAUAGGAAGCAGAAACAACCGUGCAGAAGUCACUCAUCUCCUGUGUGUGUGUUUGGAAAGGAGACCAACAUUCUGCAACGUGUGGCACCUGGCAGAUGCCAUGACCUUUUUUGUUACAUUCCUGCUGUAUCUUGGACUGAGUGGGGACGUCAGGAUCCUAGUGCUGGCAGGGGCUCUUCCUAAACCCACAUUGAGGACAGAGCCAAGUAACUUGGUAGCCACUGGGGGUCAUGUGACAUUCUUCUGUGAGAGCCCCUUAGAGGCCAAGGAAUAUCAUCUCUACAAAGAAGGAAGUCACGAAUACCUGAUGCCAAUGACCAUUCUAGAAGCUGAGAACAAGGCCACAUUCUCUAUCUCAUUGGUUCAAUGGAACAAUGCAGGACAAUAUUGGUGUCAAUAUAAAAGCUCUGAUGGCUCAUAUGAACGCAGUGACAUCCUGGAUCUGGUGGUGACCGGAGUUCACCCCAACAGCAUCACUUUGUCAGCCAUUCCCAGCCCAGUGGUAACUUCAGGAGGGAAGGUGACCCUUCAGUGUGCAUCACAAAAUCCAUAUAACAAGUUCAUUCUAAUGAAGGAUGAUGAGAAGUUCUCCAGACCAGCUUCCUCACAGAAAAUAUCCCAGGGCCUAUUUGGAGCCCGGUUCACAGUGGGUCCUGUGAUCAGCAACCAGAGGUGGAGGUUCACAUGCUAUGGCUACUAUAGUAGCACCCCCCAGCUGUGGUCGGUAUCCAGUAACCACCUGGAACUCCUGGUCUCAGGGACCCUUCAGAAACCCAGUAUCUGGGCUGAGCCAGGCUUGGUGAUCCUCUCAGGGAGUCCUGUUACCAUCUGGUGUGAGGCGACCCUGGAAACACAAAUAUAUGUAAUACAUAAAGAGGGAAGCCAAGAACUCUGGGAGCAACAGGCCCCAAAAGCUCUAAACAAGGCAAAAUUCAUCAUUCCGUCUGUGACCCAGCUGCACGCAGGGAUGUACCACUGUUACUCUCUCACCUCUGCUGGAUGGUCAGCACGCAGUGAUACCCUAGAGCUGGUGGUGGCAGGAGUCUACAACAAACCCACCCUGUCAAUCCCGAAAAGCCCUGUUGUAAACUUAAGAUUGCCUGUGACCCUGUACUGUAGCUCACAUCAAAGUUAUGACUGGUUCAUUUUAACUAAGAAUGGUCAAAAGUUCUCCAUUUCUCAGAAGUCAGAAAAUAAACACACUGGGGUUUUCCAGGCCAUGUUCCAAGUGGGUCCAGUGAUCUCCAGCCAAAGGUGGAUUUUCAGAUGCUAUGGCUCUUACAAAAGGAAUCAUCAGGUGUGGUCAGCAGGCAGUGACCCUCUGGAGCUGGUCAUCUCAGGGACAUUGAAAAAACCCACCUUGUGGGCCAAGCCAGGUUCUGUGAUUGCCUCAGGGAAUGAUGUGACCAUCUUGUGUGAGGGGACUAAGGAAACCCAGAAAUAUUUCCUCUACAAAGAAGGAAGCCCAGGACCCUUGGAUAGUCAAACUCCAAAAGAUCCUGGUAAUAAGGCCAUGUUCUCCAUAGCAUCCAUGGGAAGGCAUCAUGCAGGGAAAUACUGGUGCUACUCUUAUGGAUCUGCAGGGUGGUCAGAGCGCAGUGACCCUCUAGAACUGGUGGUGACAGGAGCUCCCGAGACCACCAGCCAAUCACAAAACAUGUCAGAAGCUAUGGCAGAUUCACAGCCCCAGGAACACACAGUGGAGAACCUCAUCCGAAUGGGCAUGUCUGGCCUGAUCCUCACAGCUCUUGGGAUUUUGCUCUUUUAUGCUUGCCGCACCAGAGAAGGACUUUGAACGCAUCAUGUAAGUGCAGAAGAGAGACAGCCUAGUGGCCAAGCCAUGGAAAUACUUUUUGAGUAUAUUUUACGGGAAAAUUCAAAGUUUAAUAUCGGGGAUCACUUGGGAGGAAAGAUCCAGCAAGUUAAUUUGAUUUGGGUACAGAAAAAAAAAAAAUCCUAAAUGCUUGGGUGGCAAUCUCUUCCACCUUUACUUUAAUGCUCUUACCCUCUAUCUUGCUGUGGACUUGAAGAUUUGUCCUUUCUCUCCUUUCAAUCCAUAUCGUGGGGGAAUGUGUUAUCAUACCAGUGAGGUUUGGGUCUCUAUCUUCUGCUUAUCCUCAGUUUCCUGUAAUAGUUCCCCCUUUUAAAACCACUAUAUUCUCCACUGUGAAUCGUGAGUCACAGUUUUUUCUUCCUUCCUUGCUUGCUUGCUUGCUUUCUU